AUGGCUUGUGCGACUUGGCUCCACUCAUCGCAGCUCUCGCGCGCCUUGCUUCCAAUUCGCCGUCUCCGAACUAGUCUUCUUCCCUCCAAGCUCCGACGCUUCAACCGGUUCACAUCAACUUCAACCACUAGGCUUAUCACCUCCUCCAGUCCGUUCAAACGUCCAUUAAUGGCGGUUAACGUGCAGGCAAAGCGUGGUUUCUCAAUCAAAGAAGACGAAGUAGCUUCUCCGGCUGAUUUGUACUUUGAGGCACCGCUUAGUAUUGUGGAAUAUCCGGACCCUCUUUUGAGAGCAAAGAACAAGCGAAUUGAUUCAUUUGAUGAGAAUUUGAAGAGGCUAGUUGACGAAAUGUUUGAUGUAAUGUACAAGUAA